AUGGCGUCUUUAGCAGUAUUUGAUUUUGAUCGUACGGUAGUUGAUGGCGAUUCAGACGCGACAAUCAUCAAUAGUUUACGUGAAAAAAAUCCUCCGCCGGAAUGGGAAGCUGGCAAUCACGACUGGACCCCUUACAUGAGUAAUGUGUUCGAACAUGCAUACUCGGCGGGAAUGCAUCCCGACGAUAUCCUGGACAGCAUCGCGUCCAUGCGCCCCACUGUUGGGGUCGAGGAGCUCAUCUCUACCCUGGCUGCUAACGACUGGGACGUGGUGGUGCUGACAGAUGCCAACAGUGUUUUCGUUAACCACUGGCUGAAGACUCACGGUCUGCAGGACGCUGUAACCUCUGUGAUAACGAACAGGGCGUUCUGGCAAAACGACCGGCUCUUCAUAGAGCCGUGCAUGCAUCAGACCAGCUGUCCGCGGUGCCCAAGUAACCUCUGCAAGUCCAAAGCCCUGGCGCAGUGGUGUUCGCAGCGCACCUAUGCCAAUAUCGUGUACUGCGGUGACGGUAGGAACGACUACUGUCCCGCCACCAGUCUACCACCACAUGCGACAGUAUUCCCUCGCCGGGGAUACCCGUUAGAUAACCUCAUCAAGAAGACCCUGGCCUCUCCAAAUCCCCAAGUGAAGGCCAAAGUGGUACCAUGGGACGACUGCUAUCGGAUAUUGCACGAAAUCUUCCCGAAGAAAAUACAAAACAAACAUAGUUAA